AAAAUUAAUUUUAUUUUGAAUUACUUAAAAUUUUUAAAGAAAUUUUUGAUUCUUUGGAAAAUUUUUCGAUAUUCUUACAGAGCAUUUAAAAUAAGAAUACUUUUUUUUUAUUAUACAUACUUACUUGAAAAAAAAAAAUUUGUGUGCCAAAAAACAUUUUCGAAUAUACAAAAACAAAAAAAUAAAAUUUCAAAAAAAUAAAUUUUCAAAAUAUUUUGAUACAGAAGUCAUUCAUAUUAAAAAAAUUAAAUAAUUUUUGAGUUCAAUUUGCUUUUAAUAUUUAAAUACAAAAAAAAAAGAUUAAUUUCAUAAAUUACUUAUUAAUAUAAAAGUGUUAUAAAAAAAAAAACAAGAAUAAAACAAAAAAUGGCUUUAAGGUGCGCUGGAUUAAUUUUAAGCAAAGAAAUUUCAUCUGGAAUUCGUUCUGUUAAAAAUGCUCGUCAUAUUAGCAGUACAGCUCCAUUAUUAAAUAAAACAUUUUUAGAUGAUUCCCCGAAUGCUGUACUCGAUAAAAGUAUUUUGAAUCGUUAUAAAAAACUUUCAACACCAAAAGAUAAAGUUCAAGCAACAUAUCUUUGGAUUGAUGGUACUGGUGAACAUUUACGUUUAAAGGAUAGAAUUGUAAAUAAAGUACCAAAAUCACCAGAAGAUUUACCAAAAUGGCAAUAUGAUGGUAGUUCAACAUAUCAAGCAAUUGGUGAAAAUUCUGAUUGUACUCUAAUACCGAGAGCAAUAUAUAGAGAUCCAUUUAAACCUGGUCAAAAUGAUGUUAUUGUUAUGUGUGAUACAUAUCAACCAGAUGGUAAACCAACACCAUCAAAUCAUCGUAAAGCAUUAGCAGAUGCUAUGGAAAAAGUAUUAAAAGAACAUGAACCAUGGUUUGGUAUUGAACAAGAAUAUACAUUACUUGAUGUUGAUGGUCGUCCAUUUGGUUGGCCAUCAAAUGGUUUUCCUGGGCCACAAGGACCAUAUUAUUGUGGUGUUGGUGCAAAUCGUGUUUAUUGUAGAGAUUUAGUUGAAGCACAUGCAAUUGCAUGUUUAUAUGCUGGUAUUGAUUUUGCUGGUACAAAUGCUGAAGUAAUGCCAUCACAAUGGGAAUAUCAAGUUGGUCCAUCAUUAGGUAUGAAAGCAGCUGAUGAUUUAUGGGUAUCAAGAUAUAUAUUACAUCGUAUUGCUGAAGAAUUUGGUGUUGUUGUUACAUUUGAUCCAAAACCAAUGGAAGGACAAUGGAAUGGUGCUGGUGCACAUACAAAUUUCUCAACAAAAUCAAUGCGUAAUGAUGGUGGUAUUAAAGCAAUUGAAGCAGCUAUCGAAAAAUUAUCACAUAGACAAGAAGAACAUAUUAAAGCAUAUGAUCCACAUCAGGGUAAAGAUAAUAUUAGAAGAUUAGUUGGUAAAUUGGAAACAUCAAGUAUUGAUAAAUUUUCAUGGGGUAUUGCAAAUCGUGCUGUUAGUGUACGUAUACCAAGAGGUGUUGCUGAUGCUGGUAAAGGUUAUUUAGAAGAUAGACGUCCAAGCUCAAACUGUGAUCCAUAUAGCGUUUGUAACGCAUUAGUAAGAACUUGUUUAGUUGAAUAAAUUGAAAAAACAAAACAAAAAAACAAAAA